AAGGAGCUCAGCAGUGCCUGUUUCUGGCAAUGCAUCCUGGGUAAAGGAGCUCAGCAGUGCCUGUUUCUGGCAAUGCAUCCUGGGUAAAGGAGCUCAGCAGUGCCUGUUUCUGGCAAUGCAUCAUGGGUACUUGAAAUUUUACCCAGGAAACUGAAACUUGGUGCUAGGAUGGAGCAGGUGUUAAUUAAAUUCCACGGAAUUCUGCAAUAUGUCCAUAUGAUGAUAAUCACCGAAUGCCUAGAUCAUCACUGGAUAGGCAUGUUACUAAGUGUAGGCUGCGAAAGCUUGGUUAUAGUAAGGAGGAGACAGACGUAAUGGACACGUGCUUUUUCUAUGAAAAAUCAAAUGUACCUUCAGUUGUUAUUGAUAAAGUCCAACAGUCUGAGAUAAUCAAGGACACAAGGGACAAUGCUUCUAGUAGCAGGGCUGAUGGAUCAUAUGAGGAAAGUGCAUACUCCUCUUCUUCUGUUGAGGUUCCUCACAAUCACAAGCAUGCUAUCUGUGACCUGACACCUGCUGACCGCCUUGCCAUCUAUGACCAUGUCCUUCUGGAGACAAAGAAUAUGCGCUCUUUAUCUAACCUGGAUCAGAACCAAUCCGAUUUAUUUGAGGAUUUGGCUGCUAAGAUAAACCAAGAUGAUGACCAGAAAGGUCCUAAAUCGCACCUUGAAAUUAUGGCAGAAAUGAGAGACUACAAGAGGCGCAGACAAUCCUAUAGAGCUAAGAAUGUUCAUAUAACUAAGAAGUCUUACACAGAGAUCAUCCGUGAUGUCAUCUCUGUGCACAUGGAAGAAUUGACCAGCCACUGGCAUGGAGAGACGCAUGAUGAAGCAAGCUCUUCUAUUUCAUCUUCCUCCGUUAAAAGGAGGGAGGUGCAGCGUUCUCCCUCUGCUGAUUCCAGACAUUCCACUGAAAGUUACAAGGGGCGGCAUCAUUCUGGACGCCAUAGAGAACGUAGCAGGAGUCCACGUAGAAUCCGCAGCCGAGAUAAAGAGGACUCCAAGCACAAAAGAGAGAGGGAUAAAGCUCGACACCACAGCCAUAAACGAAAAAAGCAUAAAGAAGACUAAUGGAUUUAUUUUUCAUAAUAAAAAUAUUUAUAAAUCAUGAGUUAAUGUGUUAAAGGUUUUUUUUUCCCCUUUCUAUCUCUACUCAAACACUUAAUUUUUAAUUAUGAGAACAGUAGUUUGAAAAUACUCCUUGUGGGAUGUUGGGGAUUCUGCAUCAUCUGCCAAUACAGACCAGUGUCUGUUCUGGUGUAGAGUAAUUCUAGAAAUUCUUCU